AUGAUGGAGUGGGUUCUCCAGGUGGCCAAUGACGGGGUUCUGCCCGCCAUGGCCCUUUACCAGGUCCUUCACCUCUCCCAAGACCCUCUGUCUGCCGUUACCUCCCACAGCAGCGGCAUCUCCACAAGGAACAGAUGUUCUCCGUCUCCUCCUUCGUCCAAGGACCGGGCCUCUUCUCAGGGCUCAGCCCAGCCUGAUGUCCCCGAGGGGAACAUCUUAGAGAAGCCCCACCCCCUGCUGGAAAGCGGGCUGGACAGACUAUCGAGCGAGAAGCCUCCGACACCCCUUCACCCCAGUAGGUCCACAGAGGAGGAUAUCCUCGCCACGGCAUCCCUCACUGUGGCAGAGGUCAUCGCCAAGUUGAAGGGAGUGAUGGCGAGAGACGUUGACAGGAAAGAGGCGAAGCUGUCUUUCAUUGUGGAGGAGCUGUGUGACUCGGCCAUGGACAAAGUGAUGGACGAGUUGGUGCUUCACCACCACGGCAGCACCUUGUCUGAAUUCUAUUCGACAAGCAUCUCUGAGGACCUGAUCCUGAACACCUGGCAGGACGCCAGGGAGAAGAUCCAGGUCCUCGCCGACAUCCACACCGACGCCGUCGACGAGCGGAUGCCCCCGCGGCCCCUGUUGUCUGCCAACACCAACACAUCAGAGGCCGUCUUCCACAGGGAGAAAAAGGAGGCAGAGAAGAUGGUGUUAUUCUUCAUUGGCAGUGCGUCCGAGGCCGAGGAGAUGGAAAAGGCUAUGGGAUCGCCUAGGCCCAGCUGUGUGACAGCGGCAUCGACCGGCUCAGGCCGCAGCUCGGCCAGCAGCAUUGGACGUGUCAGAUGCGACAGCGAGCCUCACAGCCCCUCCACCCAGACGGAGAGCCUCUCUGGUAUCCUGGCCCACCACGCCCUCUUCCAGAGACCGGGCGUUUUCACCACAGAGGAGAAGCUGGAGCUGGUGAGGGUGGUGGGGGGUAUCCUCCAGGGGACGGUGGCCAGAAAGAGACGCUCUUCCCUGAACCAGCCCGAAGACGCCGACACGGCCUCCCUGCCCCAGAACAUCUCCGGUGCCUGCAACAUCAUCCACCUCGUCCUGGAGAACUUCAGCGCAGCUGCGCAGAUGAUUACAGAAGGAGAGGUGGCCUUCCUGCAGCCACGCGGUAAUGACUUCACCCUGUUAGUGGAGUGCGUGAGCGAGUCCCUGCUCAGCCAGGUUACGGAGGAGGUGAAGGCCCUACAGAGGAGGAGCCAGGGGGUCAGCAGCGGGAGGAGCAGCAGGAGGAGCCGCAGCCAGGGAGAGCUGCCGGGGAACUGGGUCAAGGGAAAGGAGGAGGAGGCCUGCACAUUCUCGUGUCAGGAAAGCUUCCUUUUCAGCACCCAGCAGGAAGAGAGGAGACCAGAGGAGGAGUGCAGCUCGCCCAAGAGCCCUAGCCCCAGGGGCCCUAGCCCCAGGAGCAAGGCGAACAGCCACAACCUAAACCUCACAGCUCACAAAAUGCUGGACACCGUCGUGCGGAUGGCCUACUCAGCCUCCAGAUCAGUCUCCAAUGACGAAGACUGUGAAAAUGACCAAGUAGGCUCCUCUGCCGGGUUGUUGGACCAGGCUGAGUACGACCUGGGCCGUCUGCUGGCCUCUCGCAACAUGUGUACCAGGAUGUUGCAGGCGAGGAUCCAGAACUUCUCCAUGGAGCUGAUCGACCGCCUCUAUGAGCUGCUCCUGGACACGCAGGUGGGACGAUUCCCCUCGACACGCCGCUGCCGCUCCAAGCCCAACGUCCAGAACCCGGAGGUCAAGCAGCACCUGGACUGGGAGCUCUUCACUCCAAUCCUGUACAAUUUCAUCCACUUGGCCUUCAAGAAACUGAUGGAGAACUUCCUUGGCCUGACCAACUCACUUCCGGACGAAUGUGUCCUGGUGAACGACCAUCUCGAAUGGAUGUGUAAGAAGGACAGGACCUCCAUCAGGGAUGUAUCUUGGGAGAGCAGGGACAGCGACGACAGCAGCGACAGCAGCGACUGCACGUCUCUGGAAGGGUCCUACUGCGUGAUGCUGGGCCCCAGCCCAGGGACUGUGGGCAGGAACCGGCCAUCUUCCUCUGUCAGCCAGGACCAGAGGAGGGCGCUAGAGGCCAUUUCUGAGGUGUUGACCCUCCAAGUGGGAGGGGUCCUUCAGCGUUCCUGCAAUGACCCAGAAAAAGUCAUGGCCAUUGUCAACAAAGGCCUUGAUGCUGAGGUCACGGCCAGGAUCGCCAACUUUUGCUGCUCCUCCUCUGAAGCCACAACAGGAAGUCUCGACCCAGAGUUAAGUUCAGGUUUCAUUAACCUAGAAGUAGGCCAGUCUGAGAAAGAUAGUCUGACCAAAGGCAUCAAGUUUGCCAGUCAAAUAAAUCCCAAGGGAGAUUGGAAAGAUGAUGCAGCUUCUUGUCUUCCUGAGCUGGUCCAGGUGCUGCCCUGGUUGCCCCCGAGACCCCCUGAGACCCCCUCCCUGCAGACCUUGGAGAUUCGCGUCCAGGAGAAGGUCUGGAAGCCAUCCAAGCCCAGUGCCCUACACCACCUGACCCUGCGGGACCUGCUGCAUGGUCUUCUGGUCCGCCUGGCCCUCCAGGAGUCCCCCUCAACCUCUAGCGCCCCCACCUUCUCGCAGCUAGAGGCAACUCUGCUUCAGGAAGUGGGCUGGAUUCUCCGGACCCAAGAUGGGAUCAGCCUCGUCCUGGAGCACCUGCCUCAGAGCCCUUGCUACAGCGGCACAGACGCCCUGGACGCCAUGUUGGAGGCGGCCUAUGCUAAGCUGUCGCUCAGCGCUAACAGCAGCAGAGCCCUGCUUCGCUCCGCUCGCCACGGAGAAGCGGGAGCCAUUUGCUGCCUGGCCCAGACCAUCGCCACGGUGAUCUCCCGCCACGCCGAGGACUGGCGCGCUCCUGCAGUGUCCGAUAGUAGCGUCCAUUUUGAGAAGGAGAAUGCUACAAACUCUGCUGGCUUGGUAAAGGCCGGUGAAAGCUCCAGCUCCCUGUGUGAGGAUGUGAGGCUACAUGAUAUGGAGUCUUCUGGCUUGGGAAAGGCCAGUGAGACCCAUAUGGAGAUUCAAGCAGAUGAAAGGGUCAAGAAGAGAUGUGACAGAUUUGGUUUGGUAAAGGCCAGAGAGUGUCCCCUCUCCUCCAGAUCACCAGAAGCGCUAAGGAUCUCCAGGAAGCAGAGAGAGAGAGCUGUAGCCCCAGGCUUGUUAAAGGCCUGGGAGAAGAUCGACAGGUCUUCUGAGGAGACCUCCACCUCCCAGUCCUGCCACUCCUCCUCCUCAUCCUCCCACUCAAUUUCAUCCCCCUCUGUGCCCUCCCAAACCUUCAACAACAGGUCUUCCAUCUUCAAUUCCAAACUGGGCCGUCUUGGAAAGAAAAAACUUUCCAGCCUCCGACGAUGGUUCACAUCGGUAAGCUGAAAAUAACUCCACACACUGGCACUGGGUAGAACUGACCUUAACUGAGUCAAGGAUAAGAUGGGUUACAAGUAAGCAUGUGUAGAAGACAUUAUGUAUGAGUAGUA